ACGGGCUUCUUGGGCUUCUUCUAAGCUUGGCCUAUGAAGCUCCGCAGGAGGCUUUGAGAUGGGAAAUUUACAAAGAAGCCCCAGGCCGUCCCUUCACGGGCACGUAUGGCCUUUCUUUCACCGUGGCUUUCAUUCUCUUUUAAUCCAAGCUUGGGACCCCAUCCAAUCUUCUUUCUCUCCCUGUCUUCUUUCGUCCCGGGCUCUGGUUCUCUCUGCGUCUUCUUUUGCUCGUCUGGUUUCGUCAAAUCGCUGGUCGUCUUUCGUUUUCUUCGUUCCCCCAGCUUUUCAGCAUGUUUAUGUUCCGAGAGUGACGUUAUGAGUAUGAGAGACGCUUUUUCUCAAGCCUACACGACAUGGCUCUUUUUGGUUUCCCAGUGUUGUGCACCCCUAUCAGCUUGUCUUGGUGACAAGCCCGGUGACCCAGAGCCUCGCCUCAACCCGUGCCGGCUUUGGCUUCCCAAUGAAACCCCGAUACCGGUCAUCCUCCGAGGCCACAAGUGCCACGACAUCGCGCCGGCCGCAGAUAUCCCCCCCUUCUGAUUUUCGCCAUCUUCAUUCCGAGUCGUUCCAUUUCCCCCAAUACACUCGUCUUGAGCAUGUAUCGCGACGUCCGCCCCUCCCCCCGAAUUUCCGUCC